AAAUACUGGCACACUCUACACCUUCUUCGAUCGAGUUUCGUGUGUAUGUAUUCUCGUCCCAGUUCUAUCCUAGCUUACAAUCCAGAUAGAUAUCGCCUGACAACACACCUGUAGCAGAUAUUCGCCGUUAUCGUUAGUGGCGUUCGUUACAGUCUUCAAACUUCUUCCGCUUUUAUCCAGUGGAAUGCAUAGUAUAGUUAUCUUCGGGUCGCUCCAACGGACCCAGCCCUAGCAAGCGAAACCCAUUCGAGGAGCCUGAGUUCGCAUAAGACAUCAAACUCACUGGUUGUGAUCAGCCUGCGCCAGACUACUAAGAGCGGAGGGAAAGAAGCGCGACGAAGCACCAACCCGUCCUCGAAGCCUGUCAACCAAGACAAUGCAUGUGAACGUGUCCAUGUAUGGGUGUGUUACCGGCCAGGUGGGUGGACGAGCACUGCGGAGGAGGGCACGGACACUCUGUCCGUUACCGCAGGUGUCAGUGUUCGUCAUGAUUUGUGUGGCAGUCUGUUGGCCGACCAGUGCCAUCUCAUCAGCGCUUCCAGCCGCCACUGUAACCGACGCCAUGCAGAAUGGUACAUUAGAAUAUGGUGGCAGUGGUCUUUACAACGACACAGUAACUGGCAACUUAUCAAUGAGUUACCCAGACAACACUACUUCUGACGAUAUCACUACUGACACGACCACCAGUACCAUCACGACAGGGGUCGGCACAGGCGACGAUGAAGGGAGCUUAGCAAAAAGGAUAAUCAAGGAACCCUUGUUUAUUGGACUAUGUGUGGGCGUCGGUGCGCUCAUCCCCAUCACGGCCAUCACGUUGGUCAUUGCAAACCGCCAGCACAAGAAGCGCAUGGCAAAGCGGAAAAGCAAGCACAUACGAAACAAGGAGCUGGAGGCAAGUCGAAAGUCCUCGGCGCUCCAUGAGCUUCUUGGAUACGAUCCCCUGCCUGACGGCCGUGAGCUAUCUCCGGAGGACCUCACCGUAUGGGUGGCAGCCAGCGACCAGCUCAAACUGCCGCACAUUGCUGUCAAUGGGGUGUCGAGAAUCCCCGUUACCAGCCAUGCCAGGAUAACGAAACAGGGUUCACACGUCAGCAUGAAUGCAAGACUUUUCGUGAAGGACUGGGGUGAGGAGUUCCCUGAAGACGCCUUGUCCACUGGCCACUCCAACAUCGUUCUGAAUCCAGUGUUUGAGGACACGGUUGCGAAGCCCGCAGGCGAAGGGGAGCGGAACCCUCUGCAGCGACGUACGUCACAGCUCAGUCUUAUGCGACAAGCAUUGACUCCGAACACGCCAGCAGAAGAGGGCAUCGAAUGGACUCAGACAUAGCCAACUGCCGCUGCUGCCUGGCAAUGAUCCUGGCAUGCGUGUGUCUGUGCAUGUACCAACUCAAAUCCAGCACGAUUCAUCCACUAGCCGUGUGCAUACCAGGACACAAUCUCUUCAGUACGCUAUGCCUGGUGACAAUGACUUGUGUGUGUGUGUGUCGUGUGUGUGUAUGUGUGUGUGUGUGUAUGUGUGUGUUUUUUGUGUUUGUGUGUGUGUUCGUGUGUGUGUUUCUGCAUUCGCGCACAUGCUUGAUGUCUACUUGCGCACGUGUCACUUUCUUGAGUUGAUAUUAUUUUUCUUGAUGCGCUUUUCCCACAUUCCUUGAAACUUGGUCACAGAAUUUUGUUGAGCUACUUUGCCGUUCAUGUACAUGCUCGUGAUUAUCUCACAAACAAUGUUCAAGUCUUUUAUUGGGGUUCUGAUAUUUGUUUUCAUAGGCAGGGCUUAUUCCACAGGA